AUGUCGUGGGAGAAGCAAGGCUGGCAGGAGGCCGAGGAGGACCCCUGGCAGGAGACGAACUGGUGGCAGGAGACGAACUGGUGGCAGGACGAAUCCUGGCAGGACGACUCCUGGCAGGACGACUCCUGGCAGGACAACCCCCGCCAGGACGACAACUCCUGGAACUCCUGGCGGGACGACGAGACGAAGGCCAGCAGAGGGCACGGCAGUUUGGAGAAUCUGAACGCCCGGAAUCGCCGGGAGAUCAAGCGGUGGCGAGACGACAAGGAUGAGCUCGAGAAGGCCCGGUAUACCAUCCAGCAGCAAGAAGAUCUUAUCGACAACCUGAGAGGAUGUCUGUGGUGUGAGGAGGACAAAACGCAGCAGCUGACCGAGCGAGCAGACUCCUUGAAGAACACCAUGUUCGAAAUGGCAGACACGAUCCAGGAGAUGAGUGGGCAAAUCGAUGAGCUAAAAGGAGAGUCUGUGGAAUCCAUGCGAAGCCGCAUGCAAGCCGAGGGCAAGGUGUCAGAACUCCAGCAGGAGCUGAAGAAGCAGAGGAGUCGGAGCAGCUUGGAGAUGGGCUCUAAAGACCAGGAGUUGAAGGAAAUGCAGGCAAAGCUCGACGCGCAGGAUGCCGAGCAGAGCGAUCGUCUCGGCAGCUUGCACACUGACUUCAAGAGGUACCAG